AUGCCUCGGGUACGCCCCAAGCGUGUUGGCAGCUCAUCAGCGGUUGAUAUCUCACCAAGGAAGUUACGAAGGAGUAAGGAAAUUGAGGAUCUCGUUGGGGUUGGGGAAGGCACUGCUCCAUUCGAUACUGAGGAAAGGAAGUUUUCCUUACAAGACAUGAGGGAUGCUCUUCCUGAUGCAGAGCCAUUCGAUAAGGAAAACCACCCUGAAGAGACAGGUCCAAAAUUUUCAAUGAUUACAAUCCAAAUCAGUGACGAAACAGCUACGAUCACCUUGUCCGGUGUUGAAAACUACUUUCUGCAAGGUAAAGCAGCGCAAAUGAAUCGGAGCCGUGGAAAGCGGACAAAAACGAAACCGAUAGCACAUCUAGCAGACACCAACUUAUGUGAAGAGGCGGAAGAGAGCGACGAGGAAGAAAAAGACAGUGACACGAAGUUCAGCCAUUGCGAUCUUGGACUUCUCCGAGAUUAUCUUACUAAAGAAGAUGCCAAUUCUAAAAACAGAGAAAGAUUCAAGAAAAUAACAAAAGACUUCAAAUGGUGGACAUAUUGUUUGGCUGGUGGAUUCAACAUACUGUUAUAUGGUGUAGGAUCGAAGCGAGCGUUAUUGGAAGAGUUCCGCAAGACACAACUAAAAGCUUUCCGUACUAUCAGUGUGGACGGGUUCAAAGAAGACGUCACUGCGAAAUCGAUUCUCACUUACAUUGUUGAUUCUAUGAAGCUCAAGGAUUGUGAGGUGACCAUUUUUAUAUCUAAAGAGUUCAGCAGAAACGACGUUCACUCAUUGAAUGGGCAAAACACAUCGCAUCCACUCUCGAACGCAAUAAGCACAGCGGUCAUAAUCCUAUUCGAACAAUAUGCGAUGGCCCGCAAUUUGAGGUAG